AUGGAUUCGCGCUCCGUCAGCAACUUCGAGCUGAAGGCGAUCAACGCGUGGGACAAGCGGAACUUUACGCGCGGCUUCAAGAGCCUGUUCCUGGAGUACUGCUCCAACAGCUCGGUGCACGGUGUCAAGUACUUCGGUUGCCGGCGGCGAACACUGUUCGAAAAGAUCUGGUGGGUGGUCGUGUUCCUGCUGUCCGUGUACGGGUGCUGCCGGUUGAUACAGAACGUGUACCGGAAGUGGGACCAAACGCCGGUCAUCGUGAGCUUCGCCGAGAAGUCAACCCCCGUCUGGCAGAUCCCGUUCCCGGCCGUCACCGUCUGCCCGGAGACGAAGGCACGGAGCGAGUACCUGAACUUCACCCAGGUAUACUUCCAGAUGAACGAUACCUACCGCGACGCGAUGGCCAAUGAAACCUACGAUCGGUUCCGGGCGGUGGCGCAAGUUUGCGAUGCUCACAUCCUGCGCGAUGUUCCGCUUAACCAAACGUCCGAUCCUCAGUGUGUCGAUCUGUUGCGUAACGUAUCGAUGCCCCUCGAGUCGGCCCUGUUCUUCUGCCGAUGGCGAAAUGAAGCGGGCAAGUGCAGUGACCACUUCACCGAGACCAUCACCGACGAGGGGAUCUGCUUUACGUUCAACUCACAGUCCGCCGGGGAGAUGCUGCGGGUUGACGAGCUGCACCGGGAUUACGAGUACAUCUCGGAGAAGCGGCAGGCUCCACUGUGGUCACUGGAGCAGGGCUACGCGGAAAACACCGACCUGGACACGUAUCCGGUACGGGUGCUCGGUGCCGGUGCCCGGGCAGGGCUCUUCAUUCUGCUGAACCUGUACGAGGGCGAUACGGAUUUUAUCUGUCGGGGUCCCGUGCAAGGGUUCAAAAUUCUGCUCCACUCGUCGAGUGAGUAUCCCCAGGUAUCGAAGCAGUACUACCGGGUUCCGCUACACCAGGAGGUGAUCAUCUCGGUCAAACCACAGAUGAUCAGUACGUCGGCGGGUCUGCGUGAAUACACGCCCGAUAGACGCCAGUGUUUCUUCAACCACGAGCGCUACCUCCGGUUCUUCAAGGUGUACACCCAGCAGAACUGCGAGAUGGAGUGUAUCGCCAACUACACGCUGCGCCGGUGCGGCUGCGUCAAGUUCUCGAUGCCCCGGGACGACCGGACGGAGGUGUGCGGGGCCAGCAUGAUCGACUGCUACAACGAGGCCGAGGACGAGCUGCUCGAGGAGGACGUAAAGUACAUCGUCAACAAAUCGUACGACUUCCGGGCCAAAUGCAACUGUCUUCCGGGCUGCACCUCGAUCCAGUACGAUGCGGAAAUUUCGCAGGCCGACCUCGACUGGAAGAGCCUCUUCGCGGCGUACCGUCAGUCGCUCGAUGACGAGAAUGCCGGGGUCCAAUUUGCACGGCUAACGAUCUACUUCAAGGAGGCCCAGUUCAUCACCUCCAAGCGUAGCGAGCUGUUCGGUGUGACGGACUUCCUGGCCAACUGUGGUGGGUUGCUUGGACUGUUCAUGGGCGUCAGCCUGCUAAGCCUUGCCGAGCUGAUCUACUUCUGCUCGAUUCGCCCGUUCACCAUACUGCGAGGCUAUCGGGCGAAACGGCGUGAGUCGAACGUGUUCUAUGACCCACCGCCGACGGUGACGGUUGUGAAGGCGAAAGAGUUCUAA